AUGUCACUUGAACCAUUGUUAAUUACUGGUGAUUAUGAAAUUCGUAUUGUUGUUCCUAGUGAUAUUAAACAUACACGCCUGUUGGGUUAGUUGGAGUCCAUUGGUUUGCAACCGGCAACAUGUUGAUAAACUAACCCAGGUGUCCUGCCAUAUCCUGGAUCUAGUGAUUACAAGAGAUGUAAAUGAGCUAAUAUCAACCACUCCCACUGUAGAUUACCACUUCUCUGGUCACUUUACUCUGAUCUGUGAUUUGAGAAACCAUCGUUUAUUGUCAAAGAGAUAGCCAAUGUGUUCGGCCCUUAGUCGAGACAGUACUGAUUAUCUUAAAGAUUUGGGUACUUUGUCCAACAGAACAUUACUCAAGAUACUAGAUCAUCAUGCACCACUGGUAACAAAGACGUUCAUAGAAAGACCUCUUGUACCAUGGUAUAAUGAUGGAGGUCAGGUCAAGGGUAAUCCUGCUACUAGUAACAUUGUAACCCAUAUCCGCCUGCCUCAUAGACGGGUAGUCGGCGUCUAAAAUGGCUCUCCCACCAGCGUUCGCUGGUGAAAAGAAUGUAGCAUGCCACCCGCCAGGACUUAAAAUAAGACCUGUUAAGUGACAGAUGAGCUCGUUCUCGUACCAACGGCCAACAUGCAAGGGACAUGACACCAUACAGCAACAAAGGCUUAAAUUGUAUCCUACCCUCCAAAAACAUACUCACCAUCAAAGUAUCGCCGUAGACAGGGGACAAAGUGGAAACAGUCCGCAGCUACUCAUUCCCAACAAUAAUACCUCAGUCAAGGGAAGUUGUAAUCAUUAUUCUUACUACAUAAAGCAAAUACGGAAAACGAAGAGGUCUGCUGCGGCUGAUAUUCACCAAAUCUCCCUUAGCAAGCCAAUUAUCAUAUCAACCUAUAAUGUCAGGUCCUUAUACCAGCUGGGCAAGUUAAAUCAGUUGUGCUGCGGUUGAGGCAGGUGGUAGAAGCAGGUCUUGAAAUAAUUGGUGUAGAAAAGCAUCCCCUUAUCUCAUUCACUCCGAUAACAGAACUGUGGUCUGAUGACAAGAACUGGCUGUUCAUCCAAAAUUCCGUUUCCAAAUGCCGAAGGGGUUGAGAGGGAAUCCUUGUUAAAAGACAAUUGGUCAAAAGCAUCUCCGGUUCAAAACAACUCUCGGACCGCAUCAUCUCUGUAUUUUCCAACGGCAACCCGAGACGCGUGGUAACAAUAGUCUAAGCUCCAAAAGAGUCGGCCAACACCGACGAUGAGUAUGAAUUCUACAACCCUCUCAACACCCAUACAUCCGUCAAGGUCAACAGUCACGAUAUUAAUCUUGUUUUUGGAGAUUUAAACGCUAGAUUAGGCCAAGGCAAUCACGAAAAAGCUCCGAGAGGUGUGGGUCCUCACAACAAGCAUUGACGGCGAAAGACUUUUUAAUUUCUGCUUUGCAACUAACCUUCGACUUGAUCAAUCCAGGGACUAACUCUGUCAGGAAUUAUAGAACGUACAAUAGUGUAGAGCUGGACUCCGAUCACCGCAUCUUAACUGUGACUUUUAAAGUGAGUCUUAGAACUACAAAAGGUAAACUGUAAGUCGCAAAUAGUAGAAUUGGAAGAGACUCGCGAACCCUGUGCUGACCUCAGAAUUUCUGCUAAAGCUAUCGAACAGCUUUUCCUCCACCUCAAAUGAUGAGCUAAUCAUCAUCAGGUCCAGUCAGUUUUAAAGUAUAACAAGAAGCACUGCAGAAGAGGUAGUUGGCUAGUGUGUUUCAAAUAGCGUACUAAACAUGGUCUCCAAAGAAACAGAAGACUUGCGGAAAGCUCGAAAUGACACCAAAAGCAAGCACCUGCUCCUUAACACAGCCGCCUCCAGGAAGAGAUUGAAGGAUCUGAACGGGUCAAAAAGAGGGACAAGAGUGACCCAAUUAGUCACCAAGAACUUCUCAUUGAAUGGAAGAAGUACCGUAGCACUCUUCUGAACAACACCACCGCUAUUGAUACUGCUAGACUACCGCCAGAUGAAUCGGUUCUGCCAAUCAACACAGCCUAA